GGGCCGUCUCCGGUGUGCCCUGCGUGGUGUCGGGUGCCAUACAGAGCCUUGGAAUACCAGGAAGAUGGUUGAAGAUCCGAAAAGAAAACUGCUCAUUGUUCUUGCUGUCCUCUUGCUGCCCAGACCAGUACAAACAGGGAAUACAGACAGACUCUCAGGGCAUCAUCACUGCACUGACUUCCAGACAGCCAAUUUCCUACGGGGCAGCAAACUUAAGGUCCAGUUUCUUCUGUUCACUUCCUCGAGCCCCAGCUGUGGAGAGCUGAUUUCAGCUGAUGAUGGCAUCAAGAACUGCAGUUUCAACAGCAGCCUGAAAACCAAAAUCAUCAUCCAUGGCUUCAGGGCUUUGGGUACCAAACCUUCCUGGAUUGAAGGGCUUGUCCAAGCCAUACUGCACACCAGCCAGGUGAAUGUGAUCGCAGUAGACUGGGUUUAUGGGUCUACAGGAGCCUAUCCCUCCGCAGUGGAAAAUGUCACACAGCUGGCCCUCACCAUCUCACAGUUCAUCAGCAAGCUCCUGGCCCUGGGAGUCUCAGGAACAUCUAUCCACAUCAUUGGGGUAAGCCUUGGAGCACAUGUUGGGGGCCUGGUGGGGCACUUCCAUGGCGGUCGCCUGGGACGGAUAACAGCCCUGGAUCCUGCAGGCCCUAAGUACACCAGAGCCAGCCCCGAGGAACGCCUGGAUCCUGGGGAUGCCCUCUUUGUGGAAGCCAUUCAUACUGAUGCUGACAAUUUCGGGAUCCGCAUUCCAGUAGGCCACAUCGAUUAUUUUGUCAAUGGAGGCAAAGAUCAGCCAGGAUGCCCCCGAUUCAUCUCUGCAGUCUAUAACUUUCUGAUCUGUGAUCACAUGCGAGCAGUACAUCUCUACAUCAGUGCCUUGAACCACGCCUGUCCCAUCUUGGGGUUCCCCUGUGCAAACCAUCAAGAUUUUCUAAAUGGUCAUUGCCUGGACUGUGCAGAACCCUUCCUGUCUUCCUGUCCCAGAAUAGGCCUGCUGGAGCAGGCAGGUGUCAACAUGAGCAGGCUGCCACAGGAAGUGAAAGUUUUUUUAAUGACCAGUCCUUCAGCCCCAUUCUGCGUCUACCACAGCCUGGUUGAGUUCCACUUGCAGAAGAAAAGAAACAGAGUCACCAGCAUUGAGAUCAGUUUCAGCAGUAACAGCACCAAGGACACAGCCAAGAUCACCAUACCUAAGGACCAGGAGACAGGCAAACAGCUGCUAGCCCACCAAGUUCCCCUCUGCCAGAUCACCAGAGUGACCCUGAAGUACAUCCCCAAGAAUAAUUUUUGGAGCAAGGAUGAGCCAUGUGUUGUUGGCAAGUUCUGUGUAGCGCCAUUGCCUCUCAAUAGCAGCAGGACAAUGUCAUGUCUGCCCUGGAGCCUCACCCUCCCCAGCAAAACAGACAUCUCGUAUGAACUGCCUACUGCUUGUGCCUAGCUCUGCCUUCAGGAUACAGAGAAUCAGAAAGGAGUCCUAAACCUUUUGCUGCUCUCUGCUUCCAGAUGAUACUUUCAACAUAGAACUGGAUGAGUUUUUUACUCCCUGCAAUAUGGGCAAGAUGUCAAGGAAAAGAAGUGCGUGGCAGAUUGACAAAUACAAGAUUAACUGGUUACAGCAAAAUCUUGCAGUCAAAAGACUGGCUUGACACUUUCGUCUCACAGGUUCUGUACCCAGCUCUCAAAGUGAGACAGGAAAGUCAUUUAAUCUCAAGGUUUGAAUCAGUAUAAAAGAAAGAGUGGAUAAUAUCACUCUUUUUGUAGUGGGAGUAUUAGUAUAAUUCAUUAGUGUUUUAUAUGAAACUGUCUUGAAAUCUUCAUAUUAAAGGUGAGAGGUAUUAUUUUUCCUCAGCCAGGGGAAACUGUGUAGUCCAAGUUUGGCACAGGAAGGAGUCAUUCUUAGGCAGAGUUACAAUGAGAAACUGGGGAAGCUUAUGAGACAAAUCCCAUUGCAGCUGGAUUUGGAAGAGGCCCUCCAUCUCUACACCAUUUUCAUUAAGGCAUUGUCCUUCCUACCAAUGGCUGCUCUCUUUACAGAUGUUUUGUAUCCAUUCCUUUUUUCAUUUGAUGUUUGUGCAACCUUAGGUCACACCCCCUUGAGCACACACGAAAAAAGGGUUCUUGCCUACACCUGCUCCCAAUCUCAAUUCCUUCUCAUUCUUAUUUCAAGAAUCAAUGCAAACAACCAACCAGAAGUCUUUUUUCACCAGGUUCAUUUAGAAGUUGUGCUUGUCAUAAAUAAGAAAUCAUAACUCCUGGAAAAUUAAUUUCUGGUCUUACUAGAGUGGAUGCCCAGUGAUAUGCAUAUCAUCAAACUCUCCAUUGCAAGUCCUUUACCAAAGCUGUCAACAGGCCCAUUUCCCCUUGCCCUAUCCACUCUGUGCCUUGAGAUCACUUUAAGUGAUCGCCCUCUUCAAUUCCUCCCUCCCUCCAGCUGUUUUCUCCCUCUUCAAAUUCUCAAACACCAGAAUUUUCAUCUCUGACUUUAAUGGGAAUCAUUGAAUCAAAGGGAACACAGAGUGUGCAAGCAGGCUGGUAUUGCUUGCAGGAUAUUGGUGCACUUUGGUGACAGAGCUGCUGACAACCUCAGAGAGGCAGGACUAGAAAA